UUGAAGCUUGAUUUUACAGAAUUAUUUUUAUGGAACAAUGUGCGUGUAGAGGCUAUGACCAAACUAUUUUUUUGGUGCAAAUUAUGACCAAACUAUAAUGUAGCAAGCUUAUACAAACCUUAUCUUUAUUAAAUUGAAAGAAAAAAAGCUAUACAAACUCCUCUCUCCCUAUACUGGUCAACAAAUAGAUGCGUGUGUUUCUAUAUAUAACAUAGAUGCAUGUAUUAGACAUCUUUACUGUACAUUUUUGGCUUGUACAUCUUUGACUACAAAAAAAAUAAAAAUAAAACAUCAGAGUUUUUUGAUCCAAGAAAAAAACAUCAGAGUUUAUAUCAUCGGAUGAUGCCUAGUGGGAGGAGACCUCUUUCACCGGAAUCAAUGGCUCGAAAAAGAGAAGAGAAAGAAGAUUUGUAUUGUUGCACAACUUUGUCGGAGUCUGAUGUGUCUGCUUUUGUCUCUGAACUCACAGAUCAACCCACCCCACCAUCCAUGGAUUCAUCUUCUUCAUCUCUUACCCCUCGAGAACAAAGAAAGUCGAGACAACGAAACUACAGAGGGGUGAGACAAAGACCGUGGGGAAAGUACGCGGCAGAGAUCCGUGACCCGAACAAGGCAGCUCGUGUGUGGCUUGGCACGUUCAACACCGCAGAAGAAGCAGCGUUAGCAUAUGACAAAGCUGCUUUUGAGUUUAGAGGCCACAAGGCCAAGCUUAACUUCCCGGAGCACAUUCUUAUCAACUCUACUCAUCGCUAUCCAUCAACCGCUACUUCACAUGAUCCCAUCAUCGUUACGCCAGUUCCACCAGUUGCUCCUGACAUACUUCUUGAUCAAUAUGGCAAAUAUCUAUCGGAAAAUAGCUACUCCAGUGCUGCCAACUUGUCCAUGACUAUAUCGGCUUCUUCGUCCUCAUUGAGUCAACAAGGGAAUAUACCAAAAUUGGAGGAUAGUGAAAGCGUGAAAAACAUGAGUAUUCACAAAAGAAGAAAAUAGCAUAUCCAUGCAUGUUUUAGGAGUAUAUUCCUCUGGGCUCUGGCAGUUAUCAAACGUAUUGACCGUCAAUCAAAACUGUCAAACCGGUUCUAGACACAACUCAAGUGAAACAUUUGCUUUACCACCCAAAACUUUUACGUAUGGAUAUUACAAAUAUUUUUUUUAUUAAAACUCUUAAUAAAUGUUUGGCUCCAAAAUCUCAGUUAUAUAGAAGAAACACACGCAUCUAUUUGUUGACUUGGAAGAGGAAAAAGCUGUCUCGUACGCAUUCUAAUUGGUCAAGAGACUCAAGACAAACAACGUUUGUUCUG